AUGGUGAUUGUCAGACUCAAUAAAUCGAUCGAUACCAAUAAAAAAAAAACAACAGAAGUCAUGGGUAAAGGUGUUUUGAAAUACGGGGGCAAGUCCGGUGUGUUGCCUUCCCCUCGUCAGAUCUUCAAGAAACCAAUCAAGCCAGUGGUUGUCGAUCGUACAAAUCCACAAGGGUACGCCGAAAAUAUUCCGCAUCCAAAAGGGUCAACAAGAAACCCGGAAAUCCCUAGACCCUUCACCCUCGAACAAAGAGUGGCACAGAUCUUGCCAAAGCACCAACUAAAUAUCGAUGAAAAGUUGGCUAAGUUGACCCAGCAAGGCCAUGAAGCCAAGAAAUAUAAGGUGAUCAGAAGUGAAUUGAGAAAACAAUAUUUGAUUGAAGCCUUAAGAGAAGAAGAAGGCAGAUUACACAAAGAAGACGCUAAACAAAAAACCAAGCAGGCACAGGAACACAAGAAGGCCGAGGAACUAAAACAGAUGGAUCUCGAAUCGCAAACCACCAGAUUGACCUUACCAACCAUCGAAAGCUACUUGGAAGGUCCUAUAAUGAGAGAAAGAACUCCUGAAGAAAACAAGCUGUUGAGAUUGAAGAAAAAAUCAAAUAGAUUGACUCAUGAAUUACAAGUGAAGGAAAAUAAGGCCAUAAACUUAUUAGAUUUGUACUACGAAUCAGAAAACUUCGUGAUAGAUGAAGAAAGAUUGGCCCUUGCCAUUGAUAAGGCUUUCGAAAACUCUGACUAUUAUGCCAGUGUGUUAGCUGGGGUACGCAGAAAGUUGCAAGACUUUACAGAGUAUGAAGACAAAUAUAUGGAAAAGGUCAACGAUAAGUUCAAUUACGUGUUGUUUGGUUCUGCUUUUGAAUCGAGACCAGGUAUUUAUGAAAUUGAAGACAAUUUAUCCGGUGAAUUUUCACAAUUAGCCGAAGAAGCGAACAAGAAGGUUGAACAACAAUCUGAUAAGGAAAAGGAAAAGCUUCUCAACUCAUUGGACAAUUAA